CACUACUACAAUUUACAACACUGACGAGAGACAGCUCACCAAAUUCUGCCUGUAGAGCAGUGAUUUUAUUUUGCAUUUUCGUUUAAAUUUUAUACUUUUUAUUUGGCUUGAAAUAAAACUUAUACAAGUACAUGCAACUCGUCAAAACGAGCUCUUCAUGUAAUAAUAUAUAUGCAUACGUAAUCUACACACUACAAAACAAAAGUAAAAACGAGUUUUGUCAGCCAGCAAUUUGGCAAGUUUGUGUGAAAAAUUCCAAAGCAGAAAAUUAAGUUAAAAUGGUUGAUAAAUUCAUCAGCAUGUGGAAAGUGCGCGAAUUGGCUGACAAAGUCACCAAUGUCGUAAUGAACUACACAGAAAUUGAGGGCAAGGUGCGCGAGGCGACCAACGAUGAUCCGUGGGGUCCAACCGGUCCACUCAUGCAGGAGCUGGCGCAUGCCACAUUCUCUUACGAAACCUUUCCAGAGGUCAUGUCCAUGCUUUGGAAACGUAUGCUCCAGGACAAUAAAACCAAUUGGAGGCGGACCUAUAAGAGCUUGUUGCUGCUGAACUAUUUGGUACGUAAUGGGUCGGAGCGCGUGGUAACCUCGUCCCGGGAGCACAUCUACGAUCUGCGUUCGUUGGAAAAUUACACGUUUACGGACGAGGGCGGCAAGGACCAGGGUAUUAAUGUUAGGCAUAAGGUACGAGAGCUUAUAGACUUUAUUCAGGACGAUGAUCGCUUGCGCGAUGAGCGCAAGAAAGCCAAAAAGAAUAAGGACAAGUAUAUUGGCAUGAGCAGCGAUGCAAUGGGCUCCCGGAGCGGUGGCUACAGCGGAUACAGUGGUGGCAGUAGCGGUGGCUACAACGAUGGCGACUGGCGCAACAAUCGCGGUGACAAUUGGUAUUCCGAUAAGAGCUCUGCAGACCGUUACGAAGACGAGGAUACUCAAUAUGAUGGCGAGCGCGAAGGUUCCGACAGUGACUCACCCAGUCCCAGACGCAAUUACCGAUACAAUGAUCGUGCUAGUCCUGCUGAGGUGGCCACUGAGAGUAAACCCCCAAACCUCAACAUGAACAUACGCUCAAAGGCUGUCAGCUCGCCGGUGUCUAAGCAGCCGACAUCCGCUGGUGCCUCAAAGCAGCCGCCAACACAAAAGAAAAUUAACUUGGGUGCUGCUGCUAACUUUGGCAAGACGCCGAACGCGGCCGGUAUUCAUUCGCCCACGCAUCGUGACACGCCCACCACAAACAGCGUUGAUCUUAUGGGCAGCACCUCGCCAAACAACAACAACAAUAACAAAAGCAAUACGCCGAGUAACAAUAAUGAUCUGCUGGAUGAUCUUUUCAAGACGUGUGCUUCGACGCCACCACAGCAGCAGCCGCAGGGCGAGAAGACACUUAAUAGCGCAGCUGUUAUUGUUGAUGACGAUGAUGACUUUAAUCCGCGUGCUGCUGACGCUGCUCCAACGCAGGAAUUUGGCGAUUUUGCGGCUGCUUUUGGCAGCGGUCUAUCACCUCCAUCGACGGGCAUACUGCCGACGGCAGGCAAUGACGAAUUUGCGGAUUUUGAUGCAUUCCAGAGCUCCAGCACUGCGACAGCAUCAUCAACGUCGGCCCUGGAUGGCAAUCUGUUGACGACGGCGACGCCAGCUAAUGAUGCCUUUGACCUCUUCAAUGCCGCAACGCCAGCAGCUGCGCCAACGGCAGCAACAACCGCGACUGAUCUGCUGGCCGGAUUGGGUGAUUUAUCGAUCCACCAGAGCAUGCCAAUGGCUGUUGAAACGCAGCAAGUCACAAAGACGCAGCUGCCACCGCCAUCGGAAUCGAUACGCCUGGCUCUGUCGAAGGCCAUUGCGGAUUUACGUGACCUGCCGAGCGUGCAGAGCGCUGCAGAUGCCAGCUUUGUGGCUGCCACGUUACGUCAAUUGCACAACGCUGGAGCACUGCCAGGAUAUACAACACCUGAGCAGCUUGUGGGACUUGAUCGCGGUGUUGUUGAUUGGUCCCAACUGGCCAGUGGCGAGUAUGCUGCCCUGCUCACACAGCUCGGCAGACUGUUCACACAGGAUUGGCCACAGCCCACCGAGGAUGUGGAGGUUUUAAAUAUGUUUAAAUUGGAUCACAGCAUUGGCUAUGCGGAGGUUGCAUUUGAGACGCUACAACAGCAACUGGCACGGGUGCCGAGCACGGCUGCCUCUAUGCUCGCCGCUCUGCUACAGGAUGAGUGCCUGCUGGCUAUUUGUUUGCUGCACUCAGCACGUCAGCGUGGAGCGCUAUUAAAACGCUUUGCGCGCACCAUUAAAGUGUUACCGGAACGACUGUUGGAGGAGCACGAUGCUCAAACUAUGCACUUUAUACAGUUGCUCAAUGGAUUGCCCGGCCUGGUGGCCAAUAAAAUGGGACGAAAUUUGCCCGCGUUAUUAGCUCCCAUUGCUUACGGACGCCUGCUUCUACAGCAAUGGCUCAAGGCUCUGCACUUUGUGCUGCAGUGCGAGGAUCAAUCGGGAUAUUUCGAUCCAGGUCCAUUCACCUGGCUGCUGACUCGUGUGGUCAACAACUUUUUUGAUGCUUCCACUCUGGAGAGUCUGUUGCGCGUGCUCGAAGAUCUUGCGGUUUACCCAAAAUCACGCAACGUCUUGCUGCAAAUUAUAUGCGAUUUGGAGCCUUCGAUUUGUUUUAAGUUGGCACAGAGUGCAAUAAAUGCGCAGCUUAAUCUUUACGUGCUGUUGGGACCAGCCGCAAUGGAAACGGAACACUGGCAACAUUGUUUGCUUCAGAAGCUGCCGCUUCAGCGUGCGCCCACAGAAAAUGGACCUUUGUGCACGUUGUUGGGCUACCUCAACGUGACGGCACCCACACGGCUGCACUUGCUCUUCACACAACUUCUGGGAAUUUGGUCUAAGCGGAUCACCCUGCAGAAGCUGAGCACCCAGGAGCAUUUGGCCAUGUGCAAACUGCUAAUACUGGCUGGCAAAUGUAAUGGCAACAUGAAGCCAGAUCACAAACGCCAGCUGCACGACGGCCUGGGUCAUCAUCUACAGUCUCCUGACGUCUUGCAGCGUUAUGUAGGUAUGAAGACCGUGGAGCUGCUGUACAAUCACAUGAUACACGCGCAAGCCUCCGAGGAGGAGCGUUUGAAAUUCGAUUAUGCUGCCCUGGAGCAAACGCCGCAUUGGCGCAUAAUCGAAGAGCUCGAAAAGCUGGCGCAAUUUAAGUAUCCCAGCAAAGCGCAACUGGAUGUGCGACCCAAUCAAGGACUGCUGCAGCGCCUCGAGCUGCACAUGGCUCAGCUUAUGGGAGAGCAGGAGCAGCAGACCCAUGUCCCAGCCGUGCAGUCCAAGCAGCAGACCGAAAAUGUUGUAAACAUGCAGCUGGACUUGGACUCGGAUGAUGAUGAGACACCUGCACAGCCACUCGACGAGGACGACGAUGAUUUGCAGCCAUAUGACAUGUCCAGUGACAUUUCCAGCAGCCUGGAACAGCGACCCAAAUUUCUGCUUGACCUGCUGCAUCUGUUGCGUACCAAAGUGCCCAACUAUCAAAUCUUUGAGGGUGCGCUGGGCACCGCCGAGCACCUAAUACGCAGCCAGCUGGCGCAGCAAGAUGUUAAGCUGGCGCUCGAGCUGCUGGAGCUGUUCAUAGUUUUGGAUAUGCAGUACUAUUUUGAGGACUUUGAGCGCAGCCAGUUCCGGUGUUGUGUGGCCAUAUGUGUAGCCAGGCCAGGCGCCUGUGCGGAGCUGCUCUGUCGCGAAUUUCACACGGAAAACACCCGGUAUGCGGCCAAUGUUCGCAUUCUAAUACUACAGGUACUGGCUGCAGCGGCCAAGGAACUCGCGGGUGAUGAAUACAAGCCGGCAACUGGUGAACAGAUACUGGACAUUGUGCCCUCCGUAUCCAAACAGCCGCGCAAGUUCCAGCUGCUUUCGGACGAGGAUGCGGCUGCUGCACGCCUGGCUGCCGCGCAGCGCAUUAUACGGGAGCGAUUACGUGCCAAGACAAAGCGUUAUCUAAGCAACAAAUCAGAGCCGGAGAGACAGGGCAAGCUGAAUCCCUUCCAUGCCGUUGCCGGCACAUUUUUCUUUGGCCUAGUGCGCGGACAACGGACACGUCAAAUGCUUUAUGUGAAAUAUGAAAACAUUUCGCAUGACAUCGACACCCAGCUCCUGAUCAAUAUGCUGCACACACUGGCCGUGCUGGUCAUGUGCUCACAAAACUGUCCGCUGCUGCCGGCCAUGACACGCGAGAUCUUUGAUCUCUGCGCCUUUGUGCGCUUCAGCUCAGAGGCACGUGUGCGUGCGGGCACGCUGCAGCUGCUGGGUAUUGCUCUGGUCACAACGCCCGCCCACCUCCUAGUUGCCCAUUUUGCCGAGUCGCUGAACGAGCUCAAGCGUUGGCUGGAGGAGUUUGUGCGCUCACCGCUCGUUGGCGGCGAAUCUUCGGACGAGUGCCGCGAGCUCGCCGAACAAAUUUUGAACACUUGCUACAAGCUGUUCGAUUCGGCGGUCCUCGAACAGGGCCAGGAAUAUUAAAUUUAAUUAUUGUCAUAUGUUCCAAAAAGCCCACAUUUAUGGAAGUUUAUAAUAUAUUGCUUUGUUAUUAAACUCGCUGCUACACAAAACAAACGAACAAGUGCAUAUUAUUAUAAAUACUUACAUACAGACACGCAGUGUACAUAUAGAUGAUAUUUCUUAGUUCGAAAACUAUUGCGUAACUUUGCUUUAAAAGAUGCUACUUAUAUUAAAUUAUCACAUCUUAUAUUACAAAUAAUAGUAAAUAUAAAAAUCAAUCGGAAUCUAGUUUACUAGGCUAACACUUCCAGAAAAUUCAAAUUUCUAAUAAAACUUUUCACAAAUAACUGUAGGAAUUCCAUGAAGUGGGCCUAAAUCAAUCUCGAAAUUUAAUAAUUAAUUACAUUUUUAUUUUUGAAGUCAUCAACAGCAUUAUUUUGAUAACAAUCUGGAAAUUCAGACAAUUGUCUAUUUUUUAUAACUUUUGAUAAAUUUACUUCUACUAAAAGCAAAUUAAAAUGGUUUUCAGUAAAUGUAAAGCAAAGCCGCAAUAAAUUUCGAAAAAGAUUUUUGGCAAAUCUACAUACUUAGGGAUAUGUAUAUAUACAUAGGCAUAGGUAAAUGCCAGCUUUUCUCAAUAUACCGGGCAUUGUGCCACAGC